AUGGCGUCCACGGUGUCUACCUCCGACCAGGACGAAGCGGCCCCCGCGGCCGCCCCGGCGUGGUUCCAGAAGACCAUCAGGCUGCAGCCCUACAGCCGCGGGUGCCACGUCAUCACGCGCGAGAUCUUGAAGGAGGUCCCUGAGCUGGCGCAGCUCGAGAUGGGAAUGGCCAACUUCUGGAUCCUGCACACCAGCGCGUCGCUGACCAUCAACGAGAACGCCUCGCCCGACGUGCCGCUGGACAUGGAGGAUGCACUGAACCGCAUCGCGCCAGAGGGCAACAUGUACCGCCACCUCGACGAGGGCUACGACGACAUGCCCGCGCACGUCAAGUCCUCGCUCAUGGGCUGCUCGCUCGACGUGCCCAUCCGGAAGGGCACGCUCGCGCUCGGCACGUGGCAGGGCAUCUACCUCAACGAGCACAGGAACUACGGCGGGGCGCGGCAGAUCGUCGUCACGUUGAACGGCGUCAAGGCGGAGCGGCCGUACGGCACGCAGUACCGCUGGUGA